GUCUUGCUUAAUACUCCCACAUUUGCUUCUUGCUUCAGAUUUGCAGCUUCUUUGGCAUUACAGCUGUGCUCUUAUAAAACAGAUUAAACAGCAAAAGGAAUGCUGAAUGGAAAAGCUGUGUUAUUUCCACCUUGCAGGACUUACUGAAAUGAUCCUGGCUGGGUUAAAACAUGAGCUGAAACUCCCACAGGGCGCAUUAGUCUGAGUGAUUCACAUAAACACUCAAAGAAGUCAGUCUUGGUUGAGCUUCCUAGUCAAGUUAACUUUUAAGGGAGAUAAUCUUUCCGGGAAGAGGUCUGAAGAAAGGCAAGUUACAGGUGAUAAGAAAUGAGUGUGAUGAUGCACUGGUUGCUGCUGCUCCUUCUGGUCAGCUUUGGCUCACCUGCACUCAGGUUUUCGGACAAAGAUAUCUGCCUCCUAGACAACACUAAAUUAAAACAAAGGUUAAAACACCUUCAAGAUUUGCUUUACUUAUAUGAAUUGCAGCUGAAGGACAUACUGGAGAACACUUACCACAGGACGAAAAGUGAACUGUUCUCAGGCAACAGGAGUGAGCAGCAUGAGACGCUUUUACCCACAACCAGUGGAAAUUUGAUAGUGUAUGACGAAGAUUGCUCUGCAGUGUAUGGCCGGAGGAGCACCGCGAGUGGCUACUACCGCAUCAGGCCCAGGGUGGACCGAGAGCCCUUCCUGGCAUUCUGUGACAUGUCCGAUGGCGGGGGCUGGACCGUCAUCCAGCGGCGCAGCAACGGCAGGGAGAACUUCAACAGGAAAUGGGAUGAUUACAAACUGGGAUUUGGGAAAUUCCAGGGCAAGAAUGAUGAAUACUGGCUGGGAAAUGACCACAUCUAUGACCUUCUUGCUAGAGGAGAGAACUCAUUAAAGAUUGACCUGGUGGACUGGCAUGGGGAAAAACGUUAUGCAAUCUAUGAAAAUUUCCAGCUUGCAAAUGAGCAGGAAAAUUACAGGUUAUGGUUUGGCACCUAUUCUGGUAAUGCUGGCGACGCUCUGUCUGGUGGGAGCAAUUUUGAAGAUCAGUGGUCAGCUUCUCACAGAGGGAUGCAGUUCACCACAUUUGAUAAGGAUCACGAUCAGUUCCUGGCAGGCAACUGUGCAUCAGAGAACAAGGGUGGCUGGUGGUUUAACAGGUGCCAUGCUGUGAACCUCAAUGGGCGAUACUACAAAAGAGGGAGGUACAGCGGACCCCAUGAUGAUGGCUUGGUUUGGUCUACAUGGCACGGGAUGUGGUACUCACUGAAAUACUCAGCCAUGAAAAUCAGGCCUCCAUUCUUUAUCGACAGAGAGAGCGGAGAUGGUGACAACAGUCAGGCCAGCUGAAACAGCUGCUUUGGAAAGAGAAAAGCACAGGCUGAAAAGAGUGGUGUAAGUUGAUAGCCAGUGCUCUGCUGCUGCUGCCAAUUGCCAAACCUGCACUUGAUAGCUGGAGUUGCACCUGCUUCUGCUACCUGAGGCUAACAGCACGAGUUGUUUGAGCACAGCCAGACAACAUUUUAAUAAAAAACAUAUGGAUCACAGUCAUGGAAUAACCAGAGAUUUCUUUUUCAGCAGUUUUCAAGAUUUUGUUGGAGAAUGUUUCUUUAAAGUUCUCUGGACUUAGAAGGAUCAAGCAUGUCCUUUAAUCAAUCUAUACUUUUCAAAGUCUUUCUCAUCUUGAUUUUAACCAUCAGUGUUUCCGUUAUGAGAACAUCAGUAUAGAAAGCACAAGGGGAUGGGAAUUGGACUUCAUCUGGUGUGCCUUUGUUAGUGCUUUGAUCUGCUUCAGGAGAAUGUUUUUAAGCAACUUUUCCUAUGGUUGUAAUUGCCACACUUCAGAUGCAGAGUGUUCGUGGAAUGUGUGAAACCAGCCCAGAGGAUGGACAUGCUCCAACUGCUAAUGUGCAUCCAGACGAAGGCUGCUUCAAAGUAGUCUGUCCACCCACAAUGUGGACACUGUGAGCUCCAUUCCAACAGCUUCCUGCUGCAGAUCUACUGCUAGAGUACACCACAAGACAUUAAAGCAAAGACAAUCCUGCCAACCAGUUUUAAACCCCAGAUUAAAAUUAUGCAGAUUUGACUAAAAUUAAGGUGAACACAGAUAUUCCUAGGAGCUCCUAAAAUGCAGUCAUUCUCCUGUACAUUCUCCUGUAAUUUACCAGCUGACCUUGCAUUAGUGAAGAGGAAUCAGAAAGUGAUUGAACCACAAGGCACACUGCUUUCAUUGUCUCACUGGGUGAAAUGAAAGAACACCACAAAUGACUGAAAGAAAUGGAAUACUGAAAAUAUAUUUUCUACAGCUGUUAAUAACAACAAUUAAAAAUGAACAGCAGAAUCAGCUUGAUGCAAAUAAUUUAAACCUGCUUCCUUUCAUUCUGAUUUAUAAUAAUUUUUAAACUGGUAUUUCUCUUCCAUUUACUUGCUUUUAUAUCCAUACAUACUGUAAUUUGAAUACAUAUCGACAGAGAGCGAAAUAAAACCGUCUGAGUAGGACUUAA